UUCAAUACAGCGGUACAAAAAUUGUUUAUUUAUAAUUUUUAAAAGGAUUUUAUUGUAAUCAUACAAAAAUUGUAACACAUAUUCUUAGUGUGAAAUUAGCAAAAUUAAUUAAAAUUUAGAAUUUGUAAUAUAUUAGGAGAGAAAAAUUUAUAUCAAUAUUUAAUAAAGAAGAUUUAAAAUGAGAGUUCUACAAUCAAAGCAAAUUGAAUUAAUUGAUCCUUCAGAACUUUUACGACCUGAAUGUUCAUUUGCUGAUAAAAAUCUUUCAAAAUUUCGAGAUUAUACUAUUGAUGAAAAUGAUGCACUUAAAGAAAGAGUACGUGAUACAUAUAGACAAAUGCAUUUGCACCAAACAGUUGAUUUUGUAAAAGAUAAACAUAAAAAAUGGUUAAAAUUUAAUCAUUUAAAAGCUACAAUUAGAGAAUGUUUAGAAAAAUUGAAUGAUUUAGUAGAUCAUUCGGACCCUGAUAUCAAUAUUCCAAAUAUAAUUCAUGCUUUUCAAACAGCUGAACGUGUACGUGAAGAACAUCCUACUUUAGAUUGGUUACAUUUAACUGCAUUAAUUCAUGAUUUAGGAAAAAUUAUGGCUUUUUAUGAUGAACCACAAUGGGCAGUUGUUGGUGAUACUUUUCCUGUAGGUUGUGAGUGGGGAAAGAGCAUUGUUUAUAGAGAAGAAAGUUUUAUUGGGAAUCCAGAUGGUGAUAGACCUGAAUACAAUACUAAAUAUGGAAUGUACAAGAAAAAUUGUGGAUUAAAAAAUCUUUUAAUGUCAUGGGGACAUGACGAAUACAUGUAUAAUGUAUUAAAGCACAAUAAAGCUGGUUUACCUGAACAAGCUUUAAACAUUAUUCGCUAUCACUCGUUUUAUCCAUGGCAUACAGGUGGAGAUUACGAUUAUUUAUUAGCUCCAGAAGACGAAGAAACAAAGAAAUGGGUUUUACUUUUCAAUCGAUAUGAUUUAUACACCAAAAGUGCAAAAAUCCCUGAUGUUGAGAGUUUGUGGCCAUAUUAUCAAUCUUUAAUAGAUAAAUAUUGUCCAGGAAAAUUAGAAUGGUGAAGUAGAAUAUGGAUCUUUUUCGAGAAUACAUAGAUUAAAAAUUAAAUUAUUAAGUAAACACUAAAGAAAUACAUGUAUACUAAAAUUAGUUAAUCGUAGGGUCAUAAUAUAUUAUAUUGCCUUAUUUUUUUUUAAUUUUGGGAAAUAUAAUUCUUUGCAUAAAGGCAAAUCGGAUACGCUAUUGAAAACAUAAUAAUGUCUGUUUUAAAGGAAUAUUAACAAUUAAAGCGAAAAAGAUAUAGAUCUAUUACAAAAUAAUCUAGAAUAAUAUAAUAAAAGAUUGAAAUAAUUUAGACAAA